AUGGCAGAUUCCUGCACAUUACAGGUGGGGUUAAAUCCUUAUAUUGCCUUUUAUCCUCAUUAUAAAGUAUUUACCUCCACCGACGAAGAUGAUGCUUGCCAUAGAGGAAAAGGAACCGCUGGCACAUACGGCGCGGAAACUACCGACUGCGAUACUCCUCCUACCCUUAUAGAUGCGACUUUCAAAUGGAUCAAGGAAAAUGUGAGGGAUAGCGUAGACUUUGUUGUGUGGACAGGGGACAGUGCACGACAUGACAGCGAUGAAAAGAUUCCUCGAGUCCAAAGCGAAGUCCUCGACACAAAUAGAAAGGUCGCAGAUAAAUUCUUGGAGACUUUUGGAAAUGGCGACGAGUUAUCGAUUCCAGUUAUAUCAACAUUUGGCAACAAUGAUAUCCUUCCACAUAAUAUCUUACUAUCGGGUCCGAAUAAAUGGUUGAAUACGUAUACAGACAUAUGGGAUAAACUCAUACCAGAAGAGCAGAGGCAUGGUUUUCAGCGAGGAGGAUGGUAUUAUGUCGAGGUUAUCCCUAAGAAAUUGGCCGUCUUCAGUCUCAAUACUUUAUACUUUUUCAGUCAUAAUGCCGCGGUGGAUGGUUGCGCAUUACGUUCAGAGCCCGGAUACGAACAUAUGGAAUGGCUACGAAUUCAACUACAAUUUAUGCGCGACCGAGGAAUGAAAGUUAUCCUUACUGGACAUGUACCGCCUGCUCGAACGGACAGUAAAUCACUUUGGGAUGAAAGUUGUUGGCAAAAAUAUACCUUGUGGCUUCAGCAAUACCGGGAUAUUAUUAUCGCUGGUUUAUAUGGACACAUGAAUAUUGAUCAUUUCAUGAUACACGACACUAAAGAUAUCGAUCUUUUAUUAUUUGAGGGUAAAUCCACUGCGCCUCCUCGCGCGCUAAUGGAUGAUGAAUUUACAACCCUAUCCGCUGGAGAUUACCUUCAAGAUCUUCGAGAGGACUGGUCUGGGUUACCAAAUCCAAAACAUCUGCCCAUCUCGAUGGAUAUCGACGAGGAACAAUCGGACGACUGGGAAUUGAACAACGUCUCGGAUAAGAAGAAAAAUAAGAAGGGCAAAAAGGACAAGAAGGACAAGAAGAAAAAAGAACUGAAGAAGUUUGGAGGUCCAUGGGGUGAAAGAUUUGCGGUAACACACGUUGGGCCGAGCAUUGUACCUAAUUACUUCCCUACUCUUCGCGUGAUCGAAUACAAUAUCACAGGAUUGGAAGACUCGGCGACUUGGUCCGGUUCAACUGUGGGAAUUAAUGAGCAAAUUGAUUGGCUCGAUCAAGAAGAAGAGCAAUUCAAUUUUGACGCCAACGAAGAUUCGACAGACUAUAUCGAUGUGGCCGAUGAUGGAUCCGAUGAUGGAAUCGAUACGGAGAAGUGGCGUAAUGGUAAGCAUGGCGGAAAAAUUCCAAAAGAUGAUGAUCCGAAUCCACAUGCCUUUCACUAUCAAGUCGAGUAUGAUACUUUCACCGAUCCAAUUUACAAGUUGAAAGAUAUGACGGUUAAGAGUUAUCUCAAGCUUGCUCAUAGGAUUGGAAAGUACAAACCAGCAAAAGGAGAUCUUGUUGAAGAUGGAGAGAUUUUGGAGAAACCUAAAGUUCAACAAUAUGACGAUGAUAAGGUGGACGAUGAUAAGAACCAAAUCUCUGUAUCUGAGAAAGAAAGUGUCGAAGAUACUGAAGAUCAUGACAUCGAUGCAGAGAAGAAAAAGGGGAAAAAGCAUAGGAAAAAGAAGCAUCAUCGCAAAGACAAGAACAGAGUUUGGCUCAGCUUCGUUCGACGUGCUUUCAUCAGCACAUUAGAUGAGGAUGAUAUCAAGUCUUUUGAUGAUGAAGGUCAUUUCCAAGAGCCAAUAAUUCCUAUUCCUGAAAAAGAAGAGGAUUUACAUAGCUUGGAGUUGUAA